AUGCAGAAAGAUGAAAUCUAUUUAAGAACUCCACCUAUAAGAAAGCUUAAUAAUGGACUGACUAUUUAAUAAAAAAUCAAUCAACUUAAUAAUAAGAAGAGUAGUAUUAAAUUUUCUGAACUCACAAAAGAAUAACCCUCCAAUUAAAAAAUAUCAUAUCGACGACCAAGUCUUCCUCGUAAACCAGUUUAAAGAAUUUAGUAAGGUAUUUACUUUCUUACUUUGUUAUCAUAGCUAUUACCAUACAAAGAAAUCUUUCAUAAGAGCCUUAAACCCAAGGUACAUACAGUGUAGUUUUUACUAAUAGUGCCCCUCAAAAAAGAGAUAAAAGAAAGGUCUAAACAAGUAACUGUGAUUAGAUUGAAGAAUCUAAAAGCAGUUAAGUAAGAAUCACUAAAGGAUUUUAUCCAUCUGAUAUUAAUAAUACUAAAUAAAUUCUAACGAGUAUUUUAUAAGGAAUGUAACAUAAAGUUUAAGCAGAAAAAGCUAUGGGUGUUAUGGGUUUAUAAGUAAUUCCAUUUAAUAAAUUAAUGGAAUAAAAUACUAUACUAACUUAACAGACAAUCAGACAAAAAGCCUUGUCUCAAGAUAAAGAAAGAGAUAAAUCAUAAUCAUUUAUAGAAGAAAUAGAGAAGAAAAUUAAAUGUAAAGUCCCACAAAAAACAAAAUAAAAACACUCUAUUAAUUUUAAUAAUAAUAAUGCAAGUCCAUUACCACCAAAAAUUAUGGCUCCAUAAAGUAGUACAACAUAAAUUUAAAGUAACAAUUUUAAAUUUUCAUUAACUGAAUAUUCAUCAUUAUCUAGAGAAUAAUUAUUCUAAACAAAAUUGUAAAAUUAUUAACAUUUCUUAUUUUUGGUUUCCACUUAAAGUGGAUUUUAUACAUUACCAUAAGAUUGUAUGAUUGAUUUGAGAUUUAAAAUAGGAAGAGGAAAUAAUUCUCUUUUAAUUAAAGAAGUAUUUAAAUUAAGAUGGUGGUGGAACUUUUAUAAAUAUAGUGAAUUAAUUGAUUCUGAAAGCAAUUUUAUUUGGACAUAAAUAAAAGUUUAAAAUUAUAUGGAUACUCAAAAUGCAUCAACUAAUGAAAUUAAAUCAUUAAUGAGAAAGAAAAUCAAUCAACCUUAAUCAUAAACUUAAAUAAAGAAGAAAAUAUAAAUAGAUCCAUUGUUUAGAUUAAUGAAUGAUGAUACUGAUUAUAAAUAAAUUGAAAGAAAUUAAAAAUCGUACUUAAAAUUAAUAAAUCAAAAAGGAUUUACAAUAUUAAAAGUGCAUUAAAAUUUAAAGGUUAUUCAUAUAUUUUAUAAAUUUAGAUUCAUAAUCAUAUAGAAAAGAAUUAUCAUUUAGGCAAUAAAAAAGCAUUAUAUCACAAUCUUAAAAGAUAUUAUGAAUUGACUAAAUAAGAUUUACAUUCCAUAAUACCUAUAACAUUUCAUGUGUAAAAGGGGUCUAGAGAUAAGGUUUAUUUAUAAUUUCUAGAACAUUAUAAAAAAUUGCCAAAGUAUUAUUAUUUUACUAUCUAGAGGCUCUACUUGGAUUGUCAAACCUGGAGAAUUUACUAAUAGAGGAACAGGAAUUAUGGUUUGUUAAAAUUUAAAUGAGAUAAAUAAAAUUAUAAGUAAAAAGCAAGUUCAUCAAAAUGGAAAACCAUUUACUUAUUUAAUUUAGAGAUACAUUGAGAAACCAUUCCUAUAUAAUAAAAGGAAAUUUGAUAUCAGGUGUUACUUUCUUAUCACCCAAUUGAAUAAUAUAUUUAGAGCAUAUUGGUAUGAAGAUGGAUAUAUCAGAACAUCAUCAGAAGAAUUUGAUCUAGAUGAUCCUGCAAAUUUAUAUGUCCAUUUAACAAAUGAUGCUAUAUAAAAAUAUGCUGAUACUUAUGGAAAAUAUGAAAAUGGUAAUAAAUUGUCAUUGUCUGAAUUUCAGAGAUAUUUAGAGAAUUAACCAAAGAAAUAUAAUUUUUAUAAAGAUUUAUAUCCUUAAUUAAUAGAGAUUGCCACAAUCAGUAUAAAAUCUGUAUAUUGUAAAUUGGCUCCACAUAAAAAAGAAUUUAAUUUUGAAAUAUUUGGAUUAGAUUUUAUGAUUGAUUCAUAAUUCAAACCAUAUUUAAUUGAAAUAAAUACAAAUCCAUGUUUGGAAACUAGUAGUCCAGUUUUAUAGAGAAUAAUACCUUAAAUGGUUGAAAAUGCUAUGAGAUUAUCAAUUGAUACAAUAAUACCACCACCAGAUGCAAAUAUAUGGCCACCUUGUAAAAAGCAUCUUAUUUUUUAUGAUAAUUUAUUAGAAAAUAAUAAAUUCUAAUUGAUCUUUGAUGAAAGAGAAGAUUCUGAAGAAUUGAUUAAAUUAUAUGGUGGAUUAUUGUAACAUGAUGAAAUUGAUGAAAUGGAUGAAGAAGAAGAAGAAUAUUAAAGUGAAGAUGAAAAUGAAAAAUUUGAGUAGUGA